AUGUUCACUACUGCGUACAGAAUAUUACUACUGAUCGUCGUAUCACUGGUUGUGUCUCGCACGGCGUACGGUGACAGGAGGUGCGUUACGGCAACCGGAAAGUUAGAAUGCCACAGAAAACCGAGGGAGGUGUCCCGUAAGAUGAUCUACAUGUACGAUUUGGACGAGACGAAAAAUGAAGAAGGUGGAUCGGACGACUUCAUGGGACGAACCAGGACGGACAAGGACGGAAAAUUCACGAUACAGGGAUGCGGCUACGACAAGGACACGAACGGCACGCCGAACCCCCCCGAUCCGUACCUGGAGCUGGAGGACUUCUGUACCAGCGCUGAAGGUGAAAAGAGGCGAUUUGACUUCAAGUUCAAAUUUGCACCCGAAGUGAACGAUAUCGGUGUGAUUGUGCUCGACAAGAAUUAG